ACUACAGAUAUCAAUAAUCUCAAAGUGGUUUUUAUGCGAAAUCCAUUUGUAUAGUUGGUUUUUGCGAGCACUUCGCUCCAGCGACGCCACGACACUACUCGUUUACAGAAAAUGAAGACGGGUACCGUAAGUAUUCUACCCCUGCUAGUGGGCGUGGCCAUUUUAAGGGUGGCAACACUGGCGGAGGACGUCGACCAAUCAGAGACGAGUGUCAACCAACAGGCCAUCCUAGACGAAGAUGUUUACGCGGGAAAGAGAAACAUAGACACGCCAGAGGUGGUGUUGCAACUGAAAUACGACGGAGGAGAGCUGAAUAGGAUAUAUCUGGCUCAGUUUCGCAAGGGGCAAAGGGAGUGGGUUCCCUCAGUGCCUGCCCGGACCAACUUGUGUUCGGACCUGUGCUCCGCAGGCCUAGGCGGCGACACAUGCGGCGCCCCGUGCCAGGAGCUGCUGCCGGUGGGGCUGAGGGCUGCGCUGCAGGGUGCUCCCAACGCCUCUGAGAGCUACCAUGGUCACCCGCGCACGGCCGUGUGUCCUACGCUCUGUGCUAACCGACUUGGUGAGCCCCUCUGCAACUGCCACGCGCAGGAGCACGAGGAGCCGGAGCACACGGACUGGGCCGGCGUGUGUAGAGCCUUCUGCGUGGCCGACCGGUACAUACUGGGAGGUUGCCCAACCUGCGAGAUGACAACCCAAGAAACCCUGAUGACCAAGAACACCCACUCCCGGAUCCUCACCACCAACGACGGGUGGUUCGCGUGGUGCGACGUGCAAUGCCGCCUCGGGCAGGGCGGCGCCGCCUGCAACUGUGAUAAGGCACCGUUCCAGUAACAGAACAUGGUUUCUGAAUCCAACGUUGGUAGGAUAGUUGGCUGUUUGUUAAAGCAGUUGUUUGCUUUUUUUGCUGUUAAAACAAAAUAAGUUUUCUAAAUCCAACGUUGGCAGGAUUGUUGGCUGUUUUUCAAAGCUGUCGUUUGUUUUUUUUUUAAUUUUGCUCUUUUUUUCUAAGGGAAGUACUAGGUACUAAAUUUUACUAAGAAGUUUUUUUUUAAUUACCUACUUCGUUAAGCAUCUACCUACUACGUUUGUGUAUGCAAUCUGAUUUCAAUAGAGAUAUUAUGUUAUUCAAUGAUACAAACAAGUAUAACAACAACAAAAGUACAGUUACAGUUAAAUAAAUGUUACAUCUUCGCAUUUUUUCAGUAUUUAAAAUAUUUAUCAUGUAAGUACCUAUACAUAAUCAGCAUAAUCAAAGUUAAUUGUUAAUAUUAUCUAGAACAUAUCUUGUUUGGUAUCAAACCAAACUAAUUAGGCUACAUAAAAUAUAUAU